UGAAUUGGAUUUGGUUUUAGUUUGUUGUGGAUCCCAUCAUGUUCUCCCCACUCAUGACCCAAACUUCUCGAUUCAUAACCUAUUCAAUUUAUGUUUGUGUUCCUCAUUUUCUAUAAAUAGAAAACCUCAAUGCAUACAAAGCCAUCAUACUCUCUCAAUAUCAUCUCAUUUUGCAUCUCUCUCUCAACUCCCACCCCUCCAAAUUCACCUUUAAUUUCUUCCUCUAUUAUGGCGACUUUGAUCCUCAAGCAAACUCUAAUCAUACUCCUAAUCAUAUUUUCAUUACAAACCUUAAGUUCUCAAGCUCGAAUCCUCCGUUCAUAUCGUGCCGUGUCCAUGGGCAAUAUGGAUAGUCAGGUUCUCCUACAUGAACUCGGGUUUGAUCUCUCUAAGUUCAAAGGUCAUAACGAGAGGCGAUUUUUAGUGAGUUCCGACAGGGUUUCACCCGGAGGUCCCGAUCCACAACACCAUUGAAUGAUCGAUACCUAAAUAAAUACUUUACCGAAGAUCCAAGCACAAAUAAUGUGACUGAUUCAUCAUCCAUCUAUGCAAGUCAUCAUAUGAUUAUCGCUCUUUCUAUGUUUUUCUUUCCUCUCUUUGUUUUUCAUAAAACCUUACGUACAACUUUGUUGUAUCAAGGUUUUGGUAUCCUUGUACCACACAUUACCUUAAUACACCAAGCUUUUUCUCUGUGUGUUUUCUUGUGUCUCUAAUGAGUUUCCUUUUAUGUAACAGCCAUUGGCUAAUAAUUAAUGUUCCCCGGUUUU